AUGACAGUCGUCCCAAACAUCGCUAGCGAAAGGAGUGUGGUCACUCUUAAAGCAAAACGUCACAAGAUAGACACUUUAAACUAUUCCAGUAUUCAAUAUGAAUACCCCGAGAUAUCUCUUUCUACUGAUAGUACCCCUUUGGUGAAGCCCACAAAAGAGUCCAAGCACAUACUCAUUGUGGGAGGUGGUGUGAGUGGGCUGUUGAUUGCCUGGAUACUCUUGGAUGAAGGAUACCGUGUCACCAUUCUUGCUGAUGACUGGGCCUGGACUAAAGAUUUCGAAAAGUCUCGGAUGACGUCGCAAGUUGCCGGGGCUUUGUGGGAAUUCCCCCCUGGUGGGUGUGGGUUGACCGAGAUUGAGUCGCCGGGCAAAGGCUGGGCUGCCAUUGAACACUACCGAGAAUGGGCUCUGCAGAGCUAUGAGUUUUACGAAAAGUACGAGCAGGUAUUCAACACUCAUGAGAGGAACGGUGGAUCUUUUGGUUUAAAAUUCACCAAUCUCCACCAGUUCUUUUUGGACGACUUCCCGCUCAGGAAGGAUGUGAGAAAGUAUUACAGGACGACGGAAGCAAAUAAGUUGGAAUGGAAUAAACAAUUCGACAAAGUCAUCGAGCCAAGCUUGAAUGGGCAAGAGCUCAAGAGCGCCUACAGCCACAGAGCUCCUAUUGUCAAUACAGACAAAGCAAUGGCAUAUCUUAUGGCAGUGGUUGCGGCCAAAGGGGCGAUCAUGGAAACGCGAAAAAUUGACACCGACAUCAGGCAUGAACUCGGCUUGCAGCUGUUGAAGGACCACGGGGCAGAUGCCAUUGUGAAUGCCACCGGCCUCGGUGCCAAGACAGUGGCGGCCGAUGAUGACGUUUAUCCCGUCCGCGGAGCUGUUCGACGCGUUGAAAAUACCCACAGAGGCUCUUUUAGACAUCUGAAUGAUGCAUAUUUGGUUCCUGCACAAAAGGAUAGCAACCAACACCCCACCAAGACGGUUUUCAUUGUCCCUCGCAAUGACGACGUUCUAUAUGUUGGAUCCAUUGUACAGCCCAAUAACAGUACCAUGAAUCUUACUCCAGAAUCGCCAGAAGUCCAAAUGAUGUGGAACCGAGCGGGCUCCUUUGUUAAGAACUUGCUACAUGCUGGAUUUGUUCCCCAAUAUGAAUUUGCACAGGGCCUUCGACCUUUUACCAAGAGGAAUGUCAAAGUUAGGGCUGAUGAGGUGGCGACUUUUCCGCUUAUUCACAACUAUGGUCAUGGAGGCUCCGGUUGGACUUUGGGUAUUGGUACUGCUCGAUGUGCUGUGCUUAUUUUGAAGAAGCGCUUGGAGGGAAUUCCGGCAGCCGUCAUCAAUGAGGAAAUUUAUGGAUAG